CUGCACAGCCAUGGCUCUCAAGAUCCCCCAGGGCGGCGCCAACCUCUUCAAGGAGGGCUACAACAUGCACUCGGGCAUCGACGAGGCCGUCAUCCGCAACAUCCACGCCGUCGCCGAGCUCGCAGAGAUCGUCCGCACCUCGUUCGGCCCCAAUGGCCGCAACAAGAUGGUCAUCAACCACCUCGACAAGCUCUUUGUCACGUCCGACGCGGCCACCAUCAUCCGCGAGCUCGAGGUCGUCCACCCGGCGGGCAAGGUCCUCGUCAUGGCCAGCCAGCAGCAGGAGCACGAGAUGGGCGACCGCACCAACCUCGUCCUGAUCCUCGCCGGCGAGCUCCUGCGCAAGGCCGAGUACCUCCUCACCAUGGGCCUCCACCCGUCCGAGGUCGUCCUCGGGUACGAGCUCGCGCGGGAUAAGGCUAUCGACGAGCUCGAGAAGCUCGUGUGCCGCACGCUCGAGACGCCCCUGACGCAGGAGAGCCUCACGCUCGCGCUCCGUCCGACGCUCGCCGCCAAGCAGUACGGCUCCGAGGACCUCUUGUCGCGCCUCGUGUCCGAGGCCGUCAUGGCCGUCAUGCCCAAGGACCCGCGUGCGUUCAACGUCGACAACGUGCGCGUCGUCAAGAUCAUGGGCGGCGGGCUGAGCCAGAGCCGGGUCAUUCGCGGCAUGGUGUUUGGGCGCGAGCCGGAGGGCACGGUGCGCAAGGCGACCAACGCCAAGGUCGGCGUCUUUACGUGCGGGAUCGACAUUGCCCAGACCGAGACCAAGGGCACGGUCCUCCUCAAGAACUCGGACGAGCUGCUCAACUUUUCCCGCGGCGAGGAGCAGCACAUGGAAAAGAUCUUCCAGGAGCUCGCCGACUCGGGCCUCAACGUCGUCGUCGCCGGCUCGUCGGUCGGCGAGCUCGCGCAGCACUACCUCAACCGGCACAACAUCCUCGUCGUCAAGGUCCUGAGCAAGUUUGACCUGCGCCGCCUGUGCCGCGUCGUCGGCGCGACCCCGCUCGCGCGCCUCGGCGCCCCGACACCGGACGAGAUGGGCCGCUGCGACGUCGUCGAGACGGUCGAGAUUGGCGGCGACCGCGUCACCGUGUUCCGCCAGUCGGACGACGAGACGACGCGCACGGCGACCGUCGUCGUUCGCGGCGCGACGACCAACCACAUGGACGACAUUGAGCGCGCCAUCGACGACGGCGUCAACGUCGUCAAGGGCGUCCUCAAGGACGCGCGCCUCGUCGCGGGCGCGGGCGCGACCGAGCUCGAGCUCGCAAAGCGCAUCGCCGACUUUGGCGAAAAGACGCCCGGCCUCGCGCAGCACGCCAUCAAGCGCUUUGCCGACGCGCUCGAGGUCGUCCCGCGCACCUUGGCCGAGAACGCCGGCCUCGACGCGACCGACGUCCUGAGCAAGCUGUACGCGGCGCACCAGGCCGACGACACGGGCGCGGUCGGCGUCGAUGUCGAGGGCGAGAACGGCGGCAUCCUCGACGCGCCGGCGGCCGAGAUCUACGACCUCCUCGCCGCAACUCGGUGGGCUCUCAGGUACGGCGUCGACGCCGCCAUCUCGGUCCUCCGCGUUGACUCGAUCAUCAUGAGCCGCGCCGCAGGUGGCCCGGCACCGCCCAAGCAGCAGGGCAACUGGGACGAGGACUGAGCGGGACGGGCGCGAGCUUGUUGGACCAGCACGAUGACGAAGCCUCUCUCUGUACCAUCUCCCACCCUUUGCAAAAACGCAUCCGUAGACUGUC